ACCUAUUUAUAUUGUAGUCUUUAUUCUCCUUUUCUCGUCCGCUCCUCUGUUUCUCUCACUUUCUCUCUCUUCUCUCAGCUCCGAUUCUUCAAACCCUAAGUCGCCCCUUCUCUAAUUUCAUCUGAUCGAUCAGUUCUUUAAGCUUCACAAUCCCAAUCCCAAUCCCAUGCUUCUUUCCCUUUUCUCCUAAUAUUUUUUCCCGGGAAAACUGUAGAAUCCUAGACAUUUCUUUGUUUGGAAGAAGUCAAAUAAGAAUCGAGGAGGAGAAAGGAGGAGGAGGAGCUGUAGAUAGAAGAUUUGUGAAAAAAUGGCCUCGACCACAACGAGUUCGGUUUACAUCAACGUCAUCGAAGAUGUCAUCAACAAGGUUCGUGAAGAGUUCAUCAACAACGGUGGACCCGGCGAAGCUGUCCUCAACGAACUCCAAGGAAUUUGGGAAGCGAAGAUGAUGCAAGCGGGAGUAAUAUUGGGUCCGAUAGAGAGGUCUUCGCAGAAACAGCCUACUCCUGGUAGCGCAAUUACUCCUGUGCACGAUCUUAAUGUUCCUUAUGAAGGGACGGAGGAAUACGAAACUCCUACAGCUGAUAUGCUUUUCCCUCCGACUCCAUUGCAAACGCCAGUUCCUACACCACUGCCGGGUAGUGCGGAUGGUUCUAUGUAUAACAUCCCUACUGGAGGUAGUGAUUAUCCUACUCCCGUGAAUGAUAAUGGCAGUAAUGCUGACAUAAAAGGUGGAAGGCCAAGCCCGUAUAUGCAAUCUCCUUCUGCUUGGUCAAAUCAAAGGACCCCACUAAGUGUUGAUGUUAAUGUUGCUUAUGUGGAAGGGCGGGAGGAGGUGGACAGGGGAACCUCUAAUCAACCCCUGACACAGGACUUCUUUAUGAUGUCAUCUGGAAAGAGAAAACGUGAGGAUUUUGCACAAUACCAAAAUGGUGGAUAUAUACCCCAACAAGAUGGAGCUGGAGAUGCUACAUCUGAAGUUGCAAAGGCAGAGGGAAGUAGGGGUGGUAAUUUCCUGGAUAGACGUCACUCAACAACCACUGCAAAAAGCAAGAUCUUGGCAGAGUUAUCUAAGUCAUUAUCAAAGAUUCCUCAACUGGAUGGUCCAAUUCCUGAUCCGUACGAAGACAUGCUUUCUACUCCCAAUAUAUACAAUUAUCAAGGAGUUGUUAAUGAGGACUACAAUGUGGUGAACACACCAGCUCCAAAUGACCUUCAGGCUUCAACACCUGCCCCUGCUCCCCAAAAUGAUAUAGUAGAUGAUGACGAUGAUGAACCAUUGAAUGAAGAUGAUGAUGAAGAUGAUUUGGAUGAUGUGGACCAGGGAGAGGAGCUGAACACACAACAUCUAGUUUUGGCUCAAUUUGACAAGGUGACUCGUACAAAGAGCCGAUGGAAGUGCACACUUAAGGAUGGCAUCAUGCAUAUAAACAAUAAAGACAUUCUCUUUAAUAAGGCAACAGGCGAAUUUGAUUUCUGAUUUUGUUAAGAGAAAAAUGUAGUCGCCAUCGUAUUGCAGCAGUUGCCUUAAAAAGAGCAAGUCAAGGGGUGUUAUUCUGUGUUUCGUAAUUUGUCUUUUAAUUAUUAUUAGAGUGAAAGGUUGAUUGAGGGGCAUGGGAUAUGCUUUAUUUUAAUGUCUUCCUUAAGACUUGGGUUCGAUGGUUGUCGUAUUGUACAUAAAGGAAGAGAGCAUUUUCGGCCUUAGAAUGGAUGACUACUUGAGACAGCUUCUUGCAGUUCUAAAAACUUCUGCAAUGGAAUAUGUAAUUUCAUUUUUACCAUAUACUUAGACAUUUUGGUUAAAUUUAA